GAAAACGUGUUUAAACUUCUAAAAUGUCAUCCAUCAAGCAGCUAGUUUAUGCAGUUAUUCGUUUCUUACGGGAACAAAGUCAGAUGGAUGCUUAUACUUCGGAUGAACAAGAAAGCUUGGAAGUUGCAAUUCAGUGUUUGGAGACAGUUUUUAAGAUCAGCCCAGAAGAUACCCACCUUGCAGUUCCACAGCCUUUGACAGAAAUGUUCAUGAAUUCCUUCUGUAAGAAUGACAUUCUGCCUCUUUCAAAUUCAGUGCCUGAAGAUGUGGGGAAAGCUGACCAAUUAAAAGAUGAAGGCAAUAAUCACAUGAAAGAAGAAAAUUAUGCUGCUGCAGUGGAUUGCUAUACACAGGCAAUAGAAUUGGAUCCAAACAAUGCGGUUUAUUAUUGCAACAGGGCUGCUGCUCAAAGUAAAUUAGGUCACUACACAGAUGCAAUAAAGGAUUGUGAAAAAGCAAUAGCAAUUGAUUCAAAGUACAGCAAGGCCUAUGGAAGAAUGGGGCUGGCCCUCACUGCCAUGAAUAAAUUUGAAGAAGCAGUUACAAGUUAUCAAAAGGCAUUGGAUCUUGACCCUGAAAAUGAUUCCUAUAAAUCAAAUCUGAAAAUAGCAGAACAGAAGUUGAGAGAGGUAUCCAGUCCUACAGGAACUGGAUUGAGCUUUGACAUGGCCAGUUUGAUAAAUAAUCCAGCCUUUAUUAGUAUGGCAGCAAGUUUAAUGCAGAAUCCUCAAGUUCAACAACUAAUGUCAGGAAUGAUGACAAAUGCCAUUGGGGGACCUGCUGCAGGAGUUGGGGGCCUAACUGACCUGUCCAGCCUCAUCCAAGCGGGACAGCAGUUUGCUCAGCAGAUACAGCAACAGAAUCCGGAACUUAUCGAGCAGCUGAGAAAUCAUGUCCGGAGCAGGUCAUUCAGCAGCAGCACUGAUGAACAUUCUUGAUUUGACUAGGAACCCUGGCCCAGAAUGUAAAUGAUUUAUGACUCUGAAUUCUUCACUGUAGAUAGUGGUCCCAAACAGUACCAUAUCUGAUGUUUGAAAAUAAUGGGAGGAAAAACUCUUGUGUAUAUUCCUAAAGAAUAAAUUGUUUAGACAUUAGGUUUAUCACAGAC